GGGCACUCGGUUCAAGGUCCACAUUUUGAGGCCUGUCGCGAAUAUCGCAUCUAGAUCACAAGUGAAGUCGUCAUAAGGCAGUUGCAAUAGCCUAGCAAAGGGACAAUAUUCUGGGCUUGCUGCAAUCUCAUUUGUCUCACUUCAAGUCGACUGUCGCAGAGCCCAUAGCUUUGCAUCGCUGACAGAUUCGUUGAAGCAAAUUUCUAUCACCACCGCCACCACAAACUUACAACUUUGUGUGUAGCAACGAUGGAUGCCGAGAUUAGAACCGUCUUGCCGAACAUCGACCCGGUGCUCUCCGAGUACUCGGUCGGAUACCUGACCCACGCAUCGACCAUCUACUCGGACGAGGAAGAGCAGUCUGGCGUCUCACCUCUCGCCGAGGCAGCCGCCACCGUCACCGAGUUGUUGCUCUCUGCCUCUGGAAAGCCCGACGCUAAGCUCCAGGAGAAGAUUGAGAAACUUGUUGAGAAAUGGGUUGAGAAGUACACCGAGUCGAAUGGAGGACUGCGAAGCGGCCCUUUGGCCGUCAGGCGCCUUGAUGAGACUUUCCAAGUCAGCUCUCAGCGGAACAUGUCUUCCACUCUGGCCGUGUCAACGGGAGCUGUCGAUCUUGAGUCUGCAAACGCUCGCAAGGUCGAAUCAAAGGUUGAUCGAAAGAAGCUGGAGAAGGCCGAGCGCAAGAUUGCAGCCAAGCAGCAGAAGAAGACCUUCAAGACGGUUGAGUAUGAGGCUUCCAGAUUGCUCGACGAGCCUGAGUCUACUCAAUCUUACGAGGAAUUCUACAUGGCUGUCAACCCUCUCCAGAUGGGUGGCUCUGGCGCGAACAAGACCAAGGAUAUCAAGUUGGAUAACAUCGAUGUCUCUAUUGGUGGCCUGCGUAUCGUGACCGAUACGGACUUGACCCUUUCUUAUGGUCACAGGUACGGUCUUGUUGGACACAACGGUGUUGGUAAAUCUACGCUUCUUCGUGCUCUGUCUCGCAGAGAGCUGCCAAUUCCGCCUCACAUUACCAUUCUUCACGUCGAACAGGAGCUUACUGGUGACGACACCCCUGCGAUCCAAGCUGUGCUUGAUGCCGAUGUGUGGCGCAAGGUUCUUCUCAAGGAGCAGACUGAAAUUACUCAGAAGCUGGCAGAGAUCGAGACCCAACGUGCGGGCAUGGCCGAUACUUCAGCCGAUGCCGCCAGACUCGACAAGGAAAGAGAAGCUCAAGACGGCAGGCUCGGUGACAUCCAGGGCAAGCUUGCCGAGAUGGAGUCCGACAAGGCCGAGUCAAGAGCCGCAAGUAUUUUGGCUGGUCUCGGUUUCUCUGCCGAAAAGCAACAGAAUGCCACCAAGACCUUCUCAGGUGGUUGGCGUAUGCGUCUGGCGUUGGCCAGAGCCUUGUUCUGCGAGCCUGAUCUGCUGCUUCUCGACGAACCGUCCAACAUGUUGGACGUUCCCUCUAUUGCUUUCCUUGCCAACUACCUCCAAGGAUAUCCCAGCACGGUUCUCGUGGUUUCUCACGACAGAGCUUUCCUCAAUGAGAUUGCGACGGAUAUCAUUCACCAACACUCGCAGCGUCUCGACUACUACCGUGGUGCCAACUUCGAAUCCUUCUACGCCACCCGCGAGGAACGCAAGAAGACUGCGAAGAGAGAGUACGAGAACCAAAUGGCCCAAAGAGCCCAUCUUCAGGCCUUCAUCGACAAGUUCCGCUACAACGCGGCCAAGUCUUCCGAAGCCCAGUCACGUAUCAAGAAACUCGAGAAGAUGCCAGUACUUGAGCCGCCCGAGACAGAGUACAGCGUGCAGUUCAAGUUCCCUGAUGUCGAGAAGAUGUCGCCUCCUAUCAUCCAGAUGACGGGCGUGACAUUUGGUUACACAAAGGAGAACAUCUUGCUGCGCAACGUGGAUCUCGACGUGCAACUGGACUCUCGUAUCGGUAUCGUCGGACCCAACGGUGCAGGUAAGACAACUAUUCUCAAGUUGUUGAUUGGAAAGCUGUCGGCCACUUCGGGUAUCAUUUCGCAAAACCCCCGUCUGCGCGUCGGCUUCUUUGCGCAGCAUCACGUUGAUGCCCUGGAUUUGACGAUGAGUGCGGUUGGCUUCAUGUCUAAGGAGUACCCUGGCCGGACGGACGAAGAGUACCGCAGACAACUGGGUGCCUUUGGUAUCACGGGCACGACAGGUCUGCAGAAGAUGGCGGUUCUUUCCGGAGGUCAAAAGUCGCGUGUGGCGUUUGCUUGCCUUGCGUUGACCAACCCGCACAUCUUGGUUCUUGACGAGCCUUCUAACCAUCUCGAUAUCGAGGCGAUGGACGCGCUCGCUACGGCCUUGCAAGAGUUCCAGGGCGGUGUUCUGAUGGUUUCUCACGACGUCACCAUGUUGCAGACAGUGUGCACCUCUCUCUGGGUUUGCGAUGGAGGCACUGUUGAGAAGUUCCCAGGCGACGUUCAGGCCUACAAGAAGAGAAUUGCAGCUCAGGCCGAUGCGGCUGGUGUUGUCAAGGCUCAUUGAGGGAAUAUGUCGUGGCCAUGAUAAUUUACGUAGC